GUUGCACGUGUAUGAAAAAAUUUUAAUCGUUUCUAGUCUUAAUCCACCUGGCGAGGUUUGGUCGGCCGAGAUGUCAACUUUGGACUACUGCGAAGCCAUCGCAACACACGGUAGAUCGUCAUGGAAAAACGUCCACAUCUGCAAACUGUGCCCCUAUUCCACAACCUUGCUUUUUCUUAUGGUCAACCACGUGCGACGCCACCGGUCACCUCAGCAACAAUUUACUUGCGACAGCGCCAAAAUCGAAGCCUACUACUGCAAAGACUGCGGUUUUAAGACAGAAUUGACGGUUUUGUUCAAACAGCACAUCGAUGAACACCGUGACCUGAAAAGUGACUUUCACGUAGAACACUACGUUUGUGGGAAAUGUGGUUUCGAAACAAACACGUGGUUAAAGUGGCUCCAGCAUACUUUAGACUGUUGUAGGGAUAAGAAAGAAAAUGACGACGUGCGUUGGUAUUACUGUGCGGAAUGUCCUUACAAAGCUAACGUCAUAGAUAAUUUAAAACGUCACUUUGAAAGCACCCAUUUUUCGAACAAACAUACGUACAAGAAAGCUUUAAAAGUCCACUUGACGCGACUGCAGUUGGACGAUCGAGACGUUGGGUGGCACAAGUGUGACAAGUGUCCGUUCAAGACUAAAACAAAAAUUAGUUUAACUAGACACGUUAACACCUCACACUUGAACGACGAUGUCAAAUGGCACAAAUGUGAUGAGUGUCCGUUCAAAACUAAGUACGAAAAAUCUUUAAAGACACACGUGAGUAGAAAACACCCAGACGUGGACAAAAUCAAGUGGUACGAGUGUGAUAACUGUUCGUUCAGAAGUAGGACUAAAACACAAUUAAAUCGCCAUGUGGAGGUCCAUAUGGAGAUCAAGUGGCAUCAGUGCCAGUAUUGUUCAUUUAAACCGAAACGCAGCGGCAGUUUAAAGCGUCACAAAUAGCCACAAAUGUGUCAGAUUUUAGUUGAAUGUGUAUAUUUUGUGUGACCUAAUCUUUUCAACAAGAUUAUGAAUAAAAACGAAUUUAAUAGUGUUUGACAUUUGUUGCAGUCGUGCCAACCGUGAAUCUAGGUUGGCAAUGCGUGGAUGUGUCAAUUUUUGACACAUAUUGAGGUUAUGUGCAAAAAUCCCCCCGAAAUGUCAAUGUUGGAAUAUUCAGCACCCCAGGGACGACUUCCAUCGAAAAACGUCCACAAGUGCAGACUGUGCCCCUAUUUCACCACUUCGUUCUUCUUUAUGACGAAUCACGUCAGACGCCACCGGUCACCUUUAUGUCUGAACGCCACAAUCGAGCCUUAUUACUGCAAAGACUGCAAUUUUGAAACACAAUUAACAGUUUCAUUCAAACAACACAUCGAUAAAUAUCAUGGUUUUAAAAGUGGCGCUUUUUCGACGAUUUUCAACGUACGAAACUACGUUUGCGAGAAGUGUGAUUUCCAAACAAACCUGUCGUUGACGUUGCUUCGGCACAGUUCGUUAUGUACGGGACAGGGUUGGUAUUACUGUUCCGAAUGUCCCUACAAAACCGAAACCAAAAACUAUUUAAAACUACACACAGACAAGCGCCACUUACACAAACGCUACGCGUGCGACAAGUGUCCAUUCAUGAGUACAACGAACCGAGGUUUAAAAAACCACAUGAAUUGUAUCCAUUUAGACGAACAACACGCCAAAUGGUACGACUGUGAAAAGUGUCCGUUUAAAACUAAGCUAAAAAAGAGUCUACGGAGACACAUAAAUUCCCGGCACUUGAAGCACGAGGACGUUAGGUGGUACCCGUGUAAAAAGUGUUCAUUCAAAGCUAAGACCAAAGCAGAUUUGAAGAUACACGUAAUUCGGAAACAUUUAAACGAGGAAGAAAUCAAGUGGUACGAAUGCGAAAGUUGUCCAUUUAGAGCUAAACACGUGUCGAAUUUAAAACGUCACGUAAAUAAUCGACAUUUGGAUGACGAAGAAGUUAGGUGGUACGAAUGCAAACAGUGUCCAUUUAGAACUAAGCACGAAAAAUCGUUGAGGUCACACGUGAAUACGAGACAUUUAGACGAAGAUAAAGUCAGGUGGUACGAAUGUGGGGAUUGUGCGUUCAGAACUAAGUAUAAAAACAAUUUGGGCAUGCAUGUCACUGCGAAACACGUAGACGAAGACAAAAUUAAGUGGUACGAGUGUGGCAGUUGUCCGUUCAGGAGUAAAAAUUCGUCGCAUUUAAAACGGCAUGUAACUCGUAAACAUUCGGAGUAAAGGGUAAAAGUAAUGCAAACAUUUAACGACUGGUG